AGUAAAAACGCGGAAAGUUUGCGGAUUCUUCUAUUUUGUGGAAUGAAGCUAGAAAUGGGACCUUUCUACUCCGUCUGCACGCUCCUGCAUCAACGAUAGCGCGCAUGCGCAUGGAUUUCACACCGGUGGAUCUGCCCGCCGCGAGCUUGGUAAAUCCGCUGCCUGUCUCCAUAGCGACGACACCCCGGAAAUACAACAGCUUACUGCAUGUUUGUCUGAAAGGAGCAAAAUAAUAGCCCUCAAGUUUAGUUUUUUUGGUUUUUUAAUUUUAUUUUUUGGCUCGUCAACUGCUUUACUAAACAUGUCGAAGCCCGAAGAGGAGGCGAAGGAAAAGCAGAGAGACUGUAGCAAGAAGAAGAAAAAGAAACAAACGGAGACAAAGAAGGAGGAAGAGGAGGAGGUGCGGAAAGAGGACAAGCAGGUGGAGAAGGAAGAAGAGCAGAUGGUGUUGCUGCGGGGAAUCUUCAAGGUGGAGAAAAAGAGUCAUGAUGUCUUGCUCACGCAGACCCGACUAACCUGGACCCCUGUUGUCCCAGAGAGUCCCACAGGUGAGGCGAGCGUGCUGCAGACAGGCGUGCUGCUGAUGCGGGACGUGUUCGCUGUGAAGGUGAAGAAGCGACGAGCAGCAGGUCAGCAGUUAGGGGGAGCCGUUCUUGGUGUGUCUCUCUUCUGCUGCAAGAAGAGAGGGAGGGCGCUGGAGGAGGACACACUCCACCUCCAUAAUGCCUCUGCAGAACACACGCACACCUGGUAUAACACCUUGAAAGAACUGCUCACAGGUUUCAGCAGUCGUCCAAGGUAUCUGAAGGUUUUCAUCAACCCCAGCAGCCACAAGAAGGAGGCCGUUCACAUCUACAGAGAACACGUGGCUCCUCUCUUCAAGAUGGCCGACAUUCGCACUGAGAUCACAGUAACUGAGAGGAAGGGUCAUGCUCUGUCAGUGAUGAAGGAAUGCAAACUGGAUGAAUUUGAUGGGGUGGUGUGUGUCGGCGGGGAUGGAUCAGUGGCAGAGCUGUGUCACGCUCUAGUUGUCAGAGCUCAGCUGGAUGCAAAUUCUCCAGAAGAACCAGUGAAAGCAGUCCUGCCACUGGGAAUAAUUCCUGCUGGUUCUACAGAUGUGAUUUCCUGUUCUGUUCAUGGAGUCAGAGAUCCAGUCACAGCAGCCCUCCAUAUUGUUCUUGGUCACCUGCAGCAGGUGGACAUGUGUAGCUUCUCAUCCCACGGUCAGCUGGUGCACUUCGGCUUCUCUGCCAUGUUUGGUUUUGGUGGACGGAGCCUGGCACGAGCAGAGAAGAAGAGAUGGAUGUCAUCGUCACGGCGACGAGAGUAUGCUCUGGUCAAGACGCUGGCCAAACUUCGACCAGAAGAAUGUCAGCUGUCAUUUUUACCUGCAGAGAAGUCGAACCACAGUUUGUUUGGACAUCAGGACCAGAAUCAAGAGAAAGUAAAGGACUCAAAGUCAGAAGUGGAAGACUCCUGGAGGACCAAUCAGGGCCUGUAUUUGAACAUCAGCAUAAUGUCCAUCCCCUGUUUGAGUCCACAUGCUCCUCAAGGCCUGGCUCCCAACACCAGUUUGGCCAAUGGCAGCGCUUCACUGACCGCAGUAGGAAAUGCAUCUAGGUCAGAGUUCAUCAAACACCUGAAGAGAUACAGCAGCUCUAGUGGGCAGUUCAGCUUCCCCUUUGUGGAGACACAUGCAGUGUCAGCAGUGAAGAUCCGUCCCUGCUCAUUGACUGGCUGUUUUGACGAGGAGAGUGAAGAGGAGGGAGACUCCAAAGACACACCAAUCAUCCAAUCAGAGGAAGCUGCUUUUCCCUGGAACAUCGAUGGAGAGCUGGUGGAGAUUGCACGUGAAGUGCACAUCAGGAUCCAUCCAAGGCUCAUCACUUUGUACGGGGAGGAGGUGGACGAGGCCGAAUCCACCGUCACCUGCAGCUGCAUCUGACAACAACAGGGGGCGUUGGUGUUUGUGCUAUCUGGGACGGAUGUCACCAUGGUAACCAGACUAAACAGCUUUUCCUGCAUCUUUGUGGUUCCCAUAAAAGUGGUUCCUAAUCCAGAAAUGAAAUUUACACGAGAGAAAAACUGUUUUAAGGCUUUCUGGUGGGAAUAAAGCUUCAUUCUGUUUCUAACUGAAGCUGCUUCCGUAAUUCUGACAUUCUUUAUUAUUAGGCGAUGGACCCAUGACCGUUUUAUAAUAAAAUCAAUGUUUACAUUUUAAUGACCAGAAUUUUUUAUAUCUCAAACUGUUGUGAUUUUCUCUAAACUGAGUCUGUUUCUGCUAAUAUUGUUGCAUCAAACGUUACCAGACUGAACCUGUGUGUAAAUACAGCAAAAGUUUUCAUUUUAUGAGUUUUUUUUAAAUAAUUAUUUUAUGAUAAUACUGUAAUCAUGAGAAAAAACAAGCAGCUGCUUAGAUAAAAAUCUUUUUAUUUUGAUAAAAAUGUAAUGAAACCAGUGGAACUCUCCAGUGCAUUAAAUAUAGCUGAUAAAAUGUAUUAUAAACACUUGUGGGACAUAUAUUUGUAAAACCUAAAAAAAAGGAAAAUAUUUGUUUAACACUUUGCAUUCACAGAAUACAAAAAGAAAAAAUAAUAUUUGAUUUAAUAAAUGUUUGUUUCAAGUAAUCAUCCAUCAUUCAGUCCUACUGUUUAUUUUCUUGCAGAUUUUGCUAAAUUUUGACAUUUUCACGCUGCAGAUUUGUUUAUAAUGUAGUCACUUGAAAAGCACUGCAUAAAUUAAAUUAAGUUAAUAAGAGUGGCCAUGUCAUUAUUGUCACCAAUAAAGGCUUUCCAAGACUCAGA